UGCCUAAUUUCCUUUACACCGAUGACUUUCUUCUUGUGCUUUUAUUUCUAUCUAUAACCCAACCCAAUUGAGAAAUGUUGAGAAUCGCACAUUGGACAGUGAUAUGGUGUGAGGAGUGGCUAUAAGUGGUCAAUGUCCCUCACCUUACACGUUAGUUUGGUGGGGAUGAGUUACAUGUCCAACAUAAUUCAAUUUUUACACAAAUGUCACGUUACUAAUAAUCUAUCAUCCAUCAAGAAACUCCAUGGCCACCUACUCACACAAGGCACUCUCUUCAUUCUCCAUGAUAUUCACACCCAACUCAUUGCUACUUACACCUCAUGCCUUCCCAACAACAACCUUCAAACAUUAGUCAACACUUUCUUCAAAUGCAUGAAUUCCACCAACCCAUUACACUUCAAUCUCAUCAUUUCUCAUUUUUGUCACAAAGGUUUCCCCUUUCUUGCUCUCGCAUCCUUUUCCUUUAUGCACACCAACGCUAUUCCUUUAGAUACAUACGCUUUGUGUAGCACUUUGACCGCUUCGUCGAAACUCAAAGACUUUCAUUUUGGGAAGCAGAUACAUGCCCAUGUUGGAAAAUCAGGUUGGUCUUCUAGUGUGUUUGUGGGUAGUGCUUUGAUUGAUUUUUACUCUAAAUUGUUGAAUGUGGGAGAUGCAGCUCAGGUGUUUGAUGAAAUUCCUCACAAGAAUACUGUUUGUGUUAAUGCACUUAUGAGUGGUUAUGGUGAGGCUGGAUUAUGGUUUAAGGUACUUGAACUAGUUAGGAUGAUGCCUGUGUUGAAAUUGAAGUAUGAUCAAUUUACAUUAUCAGCGGCUUUACGGGCGUGCACUGGAUUAUCUUCUGUUGAAAUUGGUAGACAACUGCAUAGCUAUUUGCUCCAUACUAUACAUGAUAUAGAGAGUGAUGUGUUUCUGCAGAGCGCAUUGAUUGAGAUGUAUGGAAAGUGUGGAAUGGUAGAGAAGGCUUGGCUUGUUUUCAAGUUGGCUGGAAUGGAGAUCAGAAAAGAAAGGAAUAGAGACGUUGUGUUAUGGACUUCAAUGCUUGGUGUGUAUGGUAAAAAUGGACAUUAUAAGGAAGUAAUUGAUUUGUUCAGUGAAAUGUUGGAGGAAGGAAUAAGACCUGAUGGAAUAGCAUUUCUGACAGUAAUAUCAGCUUGCGGUCACACUGGCCAAGUGCAUGUUGGUGUCAAGUAUUUUGAAUCUAUGACUGAUGAUUUCAAGUUGGAUCCUGGUCCAGAGCAUUAUAGCUGCCUGGUUGAUCUGCUUUGUAGGGCUGGAGAAUUAAACAAGGCAUGGGAAUUACUUAAUGAGACGCUCUAUAAUAAGGGAAUAGGGAAUUGUAGCGUCUCUAUGUGGGGAACUCUACUCAAUGCUUGUGUAGACAGUGGGAAUAUAGAGCUGGGAAAAUGGGCAGCUCAGAGGGCUCUUGAGUUAGAUCCUCAAAAUGCUGGAAUUUGUGUUAUGUUAUCGAAUCUGUAUGCCCGUUUUGGUAUGUGGGAUGAGAUUGGACGUUUGAGGGUAUUGAUCCAAGAAAGAGGGUUAAGAAAAGAUGUUGGAUGCAGUUGGGUUCAAGUGACAAGUUGAAUGGAUUAGGAAAUGGUUUGAAGUGAUGCUGUUACCUUUAAAAUCUUGCUGGUGGGUCUCUACUCUCCUAAACACGCUUACUAUAACAAGUCAGGAAAAUUGGGAAUGCUCAACUAGCAUGGGGUUAAAAAAUGAGACAUUUGUUUAGAUUUUAGAGUGGAUUAUGAACUGAAGAACAGUCUAGCAUAUAUUUCCUUGGAGAAAUGCUAAAUAGUACAAAAUUACAAGCAAUAAUUUUAGUAUGAAAAGUAUGUAAAUAGCUUUUUAUCCACUUCUCUCAUGUGUUGUUAUGGGGAUAUGGAUUGGUACUCGUCAUUUGAUUGAUUAAAAAGUUCAACCUUGUAAGUUGUAUGUGGUGGGAAACCUCUUAACUGAGGUAUCUGUUGAUCCCAUGACUGGUCUUAUUCGUUGAAUAAGAGAAGUUGCUUAGAAUGAUAUUGAUGUCCCCUUUGUUAUUUAUGGAAAAUCUCUCUACAAGUGAAGUAAUGUAUAAUAUUCAUAUAGAAGAGAACUCACGAUUCCACUGUAUGGCAGAUGUUAUAAUGUGCUAAAUAUGUGCGGGAUAUACAGCAAGUCAAGGUUGUUUAUAAUCAGGAGUUGAGAACACCAGUCUCCAUAGGAUACAACAAUGCAAGUCAAAAAUAUCUCAGCCGGUGACAUUAUGUUUUAUUCAAUGUUAUCAUUGUUUGGCAUUAUGAAAAACACAUAAAGACAGAUCACAAAAAAUUCAGGACAUCAUCGGUAUACUAGUACUUAGCUUUGGAAGAUCGUUAUCUCUACCUUGGAAAAUGGUAAAAAGAAGCAAUAACAAAGGCAAGGUAAGACCAAAAGUAUAGUGGUACACACAUCACAUGCAUGUAGAAAUUUAUGUCCGAUUACAAGUUUUUGUAUCUAUUGUUGGUGGUUAAUUUAAUUAGGCAGCAGGACCACAUGGGGAAGCCAUGCAAUUUUAAGACACUAUCAAACACUACACACACUAGUGAUGACAUGUAGGUUGAGAAAUUGAGAAGCAAGAAAUACUACCAUCUUUUAUUA